ACACCCCCGUGGCGUUUGUUUUGCUGCCUCUGCCUCUGUUCGGAAGAGUUCACCUCACUUUCUGUCCCGGUGAUAAUUGGAUUUUGGAACUGUUGGGUCGCCAUGGAAACAAGGGCUGGUGAGAAAGCUCCAGUGGAGACACCUUUUCCCCAGGAUUGAUAACUCUUCCCGGAGUGGAUUUUCUCUGCCGAAGAAUAGAUUGCCUCUCGCUUCCUGUUUGCAACUGGGCUGCGAGUCUCAAGGACUCACUCGGCACAGAAGACAAUGAAGAAGACCCCCAGCUGAAUAUUCUGCUCGGCCUCUGCCACUCGGCCCAGGGUCACUUCUGCCGCUGAAGUUGCAUCCUGUGAGUACAAAGGGCUCCCUCUGCUUUAAUAUAUGUCUUUUAAUGGUCUGGUGUUUUAUAUUUUGAGUGUUGCACUCUUCCAGAGCCGUAAGGAGAGCCAGAGCUCACAAUGGCAUUCGGGGCCCAAUCCGGAUCCUCUUCUCUUUGGGGCAAAGCAGGAGAAGACGCCGCUGUUGCAAGACAUCAAGGGGGAGAGCAGGGCUGGAUCUCCUUCGAGGAGGUGGCAGUGCUUUUCUCGGAGGACGAGUGGAGCCUCCUGGAUCGGGGCCAGAAAGCCUUGUACAAGGAAGUCAUGAGGGAGAACUACGGGAACGUGGCCUCUUUGGGAAGGAAAUCACAGAGAAGGGAGAAGCCCUAUAAAAGUGUGGAGUGUGGCACACAGUUCGGUCUCUUCGAAUGCCUUAUGAACCACGCCGCGAUCCACAUGGGACGGAAAGCGAAGCGGAGGAAAACCAUCACCUUGGAAAACAAAGUCGAGAUCAUCAAGAGGUCGGAAGGAGGCGAAGCACCGUCCUCCAUCGGGAGAGCCUUCGGCUACGGCCGGUCGACCAUCGCCACUAUUUUGAAAGACAAAUGCAGGAUCAUGGCGUACGCGAAAGGCCAUGCCCCGAUGAAUGCCACGAUCAUCACCAAGCGACACAACAGCCUCAUGUUCGAGAUGGAGAGACUGCUGACCGUUUGGAUGGAAGAGCAGAAUCAGUGCCAUUUGCCCCUCAGUCCUUCUUUGGUGCAAGAAAAGGCCCGGAGCCUUUACGUUGACUUAAGAGCCGCCCGUCCAGCAAAGGAAGGCGAUUUCAAUGGAGAGUUUCUCGCAAGUCGGAGUUGGUUCAACCGCUUUAAAGAAAGAGCGAAACUGCAUCAAAUUAAAGUUCAAAAUGGAGCUGUGAGUGCCGAAGUAAAGGCUGAAAGUGAUUUCCCCGAGAUCUUGAAAGGCGUCAUUGACAACAAAGGCCGAUUUCUGAAUGUAGACAAAAGUGGCUCGUUCUGGGGGGAAAUGCCUGAGAGGACCUACAUGGAAGGCCUUACGGAAGUAGAGCAGAAGGUGAUUGCUAAGGAAGAAAAUUGGGAACUAGAAACUCCAAAACUGAAAAGCUUUUCAAUUAACGGGUUAGCAGAGGCUUUUCAGCUCAUCCAAGCAGGGAUGGCCAAGUUAGAGGAGCAGGAUCCUGAUACAGAGAGGUUCGCCAAAGUUUUCCGUACCAUUUCCAAAGUUCUGAGAUGCUACCGAGCUAUUUAUGAUGAGGAGGAAAAGAAGCGCUCUGUGGAAACCUCCCUUGAUGCCUCCUUCAAGAAAGAGACUCCAGCCGCAGAAUGAGGUUCUAAUACUAGUCACAUUGCUCUCCAACAAGCCCAUCACCCUCUACCAAGAUGGCUUAAGGUUGUACUGUACCGUGUUUGAAGAUGUUUGAGCAUUUACAUGCACAGGGGAAAAAUAAAUCAUAUCUUAAACCAAA